AUGGUCCGAGCGCACAGCGAAAGAUCCGUGGACGCUUUAGUCUCCGAUUUUAUCCUCGAACAAUCCUUAGAGAACAUCGAAUUAAUACACGAACAACUUCGAGGCGCGUAUGAUGGAGAAUCGAGAGAGGAAGGAGAAGGACAGUUGAACACACGAGAAGAGAGGAAUGAGUUGCAACAAACGCCUCUUCUCGCGUCGUCGGCAUCGCCUUCACUGCGAGCAUUGGCAUCUGUCGAUGCUUCCACGGAUGCUUUGCGGAUAUUCAUAAAGCGAUUGUGCGACGAAAACAGAGAACACUCGGAGUACGAGGAUGCAAUGUUGCUGGAUAUUAUCGGAGUGUUUGCAAGCGCUUCGUGUUCGCCUCGAACGCUGCGCUUUUGGUUCGAGACGAUUGCAAAGAACAGGAAAAGGAAGAAAGAAGGCGUGGAAGCGUUGUUACGAUCGGUUCGAAAUGCAAACGGAAGAUCUGCUACGUCGUCGUUCUCGCCAAAAUGUUGUUUUCAUUUAGACGGCGAAAAUGCGGGGAUUUUAGGGAACGCGGAAGCUAAAUGGCCGUUCGCAAAGGAUGGUUUCUCGGUCGUCACGUACGUGUACGUAAAUAGCUUUGAGAACUCCGAAACGAACCAGAUUAACGCGGAAGCGUUAGCGCAAGCUGCGCAAAUUUCAACGCCAAAUAUGAAGAUCUCACCGACGGCGGCACAAGUUUUAGCAUCCGCUGCGGCUGGAAGUAAGGUAGAGUACAUGCCGCGACUUUUCUCGUUGCUUUCGAGCGAGGGGUCUUCGGGGUACGAGAGUUAUUUUCAUAAGAACUACUUAAUAUUCGAAGCUCAAGGAGAAAAAGGCGAAAGGAUUACGCUCCCAUUCUCGCACCAGUUUCAGUUGAAAACUUGGCUAUGCGUUGGCGUGGAGUACUCCGUGAAAAGAGAGAUGGCAUCGUUGUACAUCAACGGGAAGCUCGUCGAGACGCACUCGAUGAAACUACCUAAAGUAACGAAACCGCUUGGUUUUUGUUGUCUGGGAACAAACCCUCCCGCAGCAAUGGCUGGUAUGCAAGAUAAGAGAAGACAGUGCGCUUUAUACGCUGAGCUUGGCCCCGUGUAUAUCUUUAGAGAUGGACUUGGAACGCAGGCUUUCAAGAAACUAUACGAACGCGGGGGGGAUUACGUGCCAUGUUACGUUGGUCAAUAUCGAGAUUCACUUUUGACUACAGCUUUGAGUCAAUCCAUAAUUGGUGGUCAUAGUAGUGGUGGUGGUGAAAAUAAUAGUACUUAUCAUCAUCACGAAAGCAGUACUGAUCCAUUUGCGCGAACGGCAAGUGGCAACGUCGCCACAUCUACUGCUCCCACAACUACCGAGGGUGAAGAAGAUGAAGCGGAGAUAUUCGACAAGUCGCUAUCGCCAAAACUUUUGCAACUGUUCCAUCCUUCCGUAUCAAAGUUGAACAUUAAAUCUGUUACGAACCUUGCGCCCUCUGGGUCUAGCAAUGCGGGCCGGAAAGGGAUUUUGAUCGGAAACACAAAGGUAUUCAAAAGAGAUUUGAUUCGUGAUUCGAUGUGGGAGAAUUUCCAACCGGGACCGUGUGAAAUGUUAAGACUUUUGUUGGAUGAAGAAGGAAAAGAGGAUAAUCGCAUCGUUGAUAAGUCAAACGCGUGCCUCAUUCUUCAAGUCAUGGUCGAGUUAGCUCGAAGUCAUUCUCAAAACGUUCAAGCUAUGGCAAGCAUGAAUUUGGGAAGACUCCUUUCUCAAAUACUUCCCAGACUAUUCCAGGAGACACCAAACGAGGAUAGUUUGCACGUCGAAAUAUGUAAGUUACUCGGUAAACUUCUCGUCAUCUCCAGAGAACACGACGGCUUGUACGAUGAAAUGCUCGCGUCUCUUUAUUUGACGCUCAAACCAUACGCUCAAACUGGUUGUUCUUCAAAUGGUAUCGUUGAAGUGUUGCGCUCGUUAAAUGCGGAAGCGCACGCAAACGCAAGCGCACUUGUGAAAUUAAACGGUUUACAGAUGCUCCUAGAUACUGGCUGGGACAACAUUGAGAUGCUUAGAUCCAAUGAAGAUAUCGCAGAAGAGCUUACUCUUUCGCUCUUUGUGAUUGUUUCCGCGGGAGAUGCGAUUGAAGCGUCAAAAAUUCUUCUCGAAUUCAUCAGUGCUUUCGAUGGUACUCAAGGGUACUCACUCAUCAUCUCGAAAGGAUUGAAAGCUUUAAAUAGAGCUGUUCACGCGUUGAAUCAUUCUUUCAGGAGUGUAUUCACCGAGAAUUUCAUUGGUCAGGGUGGCAUUGAAAUUUUAAUGCGGUUGCUCCGAAAAGUUGCCAUGAAAAAUGAAGAAGAUGGAACAUCUCGCGACGAAGAGAAAUACGGCACUGAAUCUGAGAUAAUCGCCGAUGUCAUUUUGAUCACCGGUCAUUUAAUGAAUGGUGGCUUCCUAAAUAUUAACGAUUUGACUUCUGCGAAAGCAAUAAAUGAAGAAGGUAGCGUCACGGCUUCACAGGUAGUUCGUUCAAUCAGACAUACUCUUCGAUCAAAUCCUUGUAUGCUUUUGAACGAAUCCGUAUUUGACGCUUUACUUUCGAUUUCGUUGGCGACGAAGAUUAAUCAUCUCGAGGACAUAAUGGCGGCCAACGUACCCUCGGUAAAGAACGAAUUGAUGUUUGACGCCCUUCUUGAAUCGUUACCGUACUCGAAACCAAGUGUUCGUAAGAGAGCUUUGGAUGCUUUCAUUCUUUUGGCGUGUACAAAGGCAGAAAACAGAGACACUUUAGUUUCUACGCUGGAAUUCCCGGAAUGGAUCGUCCUGCUACUUAUUCGCACGAAAAUUAACAGUGAUAAUGAAGACGAUACCAUCAAAGUUGGUAUUGAUUUACUUGACAUUCUUUUACAUCACGCGUUGAGAGCCUCGCGUGAUGGUGCUUUUGUUCUCGAAAUUUUGUCGAAAUCUUUCAAGACGACCGGUGAAGCUAAUGCGAAAUCGAUCGAGCAGAAAGUACUGACGAAUCUGCUUUCGUUUGUUUUUAAAGAACUCAGAGGCUUUAAUAAGCUCGGCAUUUCGGAAAAUUCCCUCGUCAUGCGCGAUAACGGCUUGAAAUUAUUAUCAGUCGUGGAUACACACUUGCAUCGCAUUGGGACUGAUUCAGAAGCGAGUGAUGAAGAUUCCAAGAAAAUGGCCGAUAUGUACGCAGAAAUUCGUAACAUUCUCGGUACCGCAACAGAUGUAUCAAAAAAUAGUGACUCAAGUGGUCAUGUUUCUGCGGAAGAGCGAUGGAAUGCGUACAAAUCUUUGCGAAGCACGAAAGAGAAGGCGUAUUUAGCGUUUGUCCAGGACUGGGUAGAAAACGAUUUCGAAAAUCUUCCGUUGUCCAAACGAUGUCUCGAAAUUGAGCGGAGAGAACUAGCCCGUCGCGAAUUUGUGCGUUCGAUGCGCAUCAAGUACGAACGAGAAAGCUUGAAGAUUCUCAGUGAGUUUGAAGGCGGAGAUUUUGCAAAUUUCCCGUGGGAGGUUGACCCGAUUGAGACUGGAAAGAGAAGACGUUACAUUUUAAGAAGAAUGAAGGAACCUCCGAAACGAGAACAAAACAAAAAAGCCAUGGAAGAACUUCCUUCGAUAACGUUACCAAAAGCAGUGAACAGAAGAGAGAGUUUAGACUUUGACAGCGAAGAAAAGAUGAUUCAGGAGGUACAGGAGGAAGAAAAAAAAUUGGAAAAGAAGAACGCGAGGGAACAAAAAGGAGCUCACACUGAUGCGACGCGCCUCGCAUAUAAACUCACCAACUCGAUGGUUCUCAGCGACGAACCAGUUUUCAAAAACGAUGAAGCUACGAUGGUGACGCCGUUAAAAACGUUUCGCGGUUCGUUAAUUCUCACUGAAGAUUGCAUAUCGUUUACAGGAAAAGAUACCGAAACCGGUAUCGAACACUCAUGGAUUCAGAAACUCGAUGAACUUCAUCAGGUACAAUCGAGGCGAUAUUUGUUACAGAGAAGCGCUCUGGAGUUUUUCUUUUUAUCUCGAGAGACGUACUUUAUCGAUUUCGGGUCCUCCGAAGAAAGGAAGAACAUCUACAAAUGUUUGAUUCGAAUGAAACCGAAAAACUUCGUCCCUCUCUACCUCGAAGCUUCAAACCCGGAGGUUUUGAUGCGGAAGAGCGACAUCACUUCGCGAUGGAUUCGACGCGAACUAUCAAAUUUUGAUUAUAUCUUAGCUUUGAAUACGCUUGCUGGGCGCAGUUAUCUAGAUAUCACUCAGUAUCCUGUCUUUCCUCACGUCAUCGCGGAUUAUGAAUCGGACGUGUUGGACUUGAACGAUCCAAAGACUUUCCGAGAUUUAUCAAAACCCAUCGGAGCGCUGAAUCCGAAAAGACUCAACCAAGUCAAAGAGAGGUACGAUGCGCUGAAAGAUGAUCCGGAAAUCCCACCGUUUCAUUACGGUUCCCACUAUUCGUCCGCUGGAGUCGUGAUGUUCUAUCUCCUAAGACUUGAGCCAUUUACAACUUUGGCAUACAAUUUGCAAGGCGGGAAAUUUGAUCACGCGGAUAGACUUUUCACUGGCGUCGAAUCCAUGUGGAAGUCUGUUUUAAAUGAUAUCUCAGAUGUGAAGGAACUCACGCCUGAAUUUUUCACCAUGCCUGAGAUGUUCUUAAACUUGAACAAUUGCGAUUUUGGCACCACGCAAAAAGGUGAAAAAGUCGGAGAUGUCAAACUUCCAAAAUGGGCAAGCAACGCGGUUGAUUUUGUUGCAAAGCAAAGAGCCGCUUUAGAAUCUGAACACGUGUCUAAGAAUUUGCACACCUGGAUUGAUCUCAUAUUUGGAUUUAAGCAGCGCGGUGCAGAAGCAGUCAAAGCAACGAAUGUUUUCUAUUAUACGACGUAUGAAGGAAACGUAGACGUUUCAAAAAUCACAAACGCGACCAUGCGACGCGCUUUGCAAGACCAAAUUGAGAACUUUGGGCAAACACCGAGUCAACUACUGAACGUGCCACAUCCUGCACGACAGCGAGCACACGAUACGUUGAGCGGAUCUCAUUGGUUAUUCGAACGACCCGGCGUCGUUGGAAAGUAUCGAUUGAAAACGAACGAAACGCAGGCUAUUGCAAGCGUAUCGAGUUUUGGGAACAAUUUACUCGUAAUCAACGCAAAGUUGGAAAUUGCAAAACAUCAGUUUAGUCCAAAUAUUCCAGAUGGGACGUCGAACCCAUUCACAUUUGUCCCGUCUAAAAGAAGACCGGUAGCGUCGUCGAAUUCUACGUCGUCAUCAUCUGGCGGAGGAUUGUUAUCGUCGACGCUUCUUUCCAAGUCAACUUCGCUCAUCGGUGGAUUCUUUGGUUUUCCUCAAAAGGCUAUGAAUGUUUUAGAAACAAUCUUAGAUGAAAGCACGAGCGAAAGAAAACCAAUGUGUGUAACAGCAGACGGAAAGAGAAUAUUCUUAGGAGGUAAUAUUGAUAAUUCGGUUCGCAUAUAUUCCGGUGAUCCAAACGGAUGCCGAUUAGAGUGCAUGCGAAAAGUAUACGGCGGGAUUGUGACAUCUUUGGCACUGGCGUGCGACGACCAAAUAUUAGUUGUUGGCUCCGUCGAUUCCACAGUUUCGCUUUGGCUGGUUAAAUACCCAAGCACCAAAACAAAUUUGGAUAACAUUCGCGAAGGUUUACGCGAUAACAUCGCGAUGAUGCGUGUCGAAGCCAACAGCAUAUUCAACGAAGGAUCGACAGUCUUGGAAGUCAUUCAUCGCAGAGAAUUCGAGACGUUUGGAAAUAACUUUGACGCGGCUUCAGGUAAUGAUGCCUAUAUCGUCGGUACACAACCGGUGCGAUACUAUCGCGGACACGGCGCAAGAAUAGACGCAGUUUCGGUUUCCGCAGAUUUGAAUGUUAUCGUGGCAACCUCGAAGACGAAUGGGACAUCCAUUUUUCGUCUGAUGACGAACGAAGUACUCACGAACGUUUCAGCUCUCAGAGGAGAGAUGAAUGUCAUCACUCCUGAUGGCAUCAUUAUAGCGUGGGAAAGAGAAUCACACACUUUACGAGCGUGCACUCUGAACGGACGUAUCGUCGCCGAGAGACCAUUAAAAGAUCUCAUCCCGCUUGUAACUUCUUUAGCGUGGAGUCGAUCGGGCGAAUACGUAAUCGUAGGAACUGAAAAGAAAACUGCAUCAGUAGCACAAGCAGGAGGAGGAGGGAAUGGUGGAGUUUGCUUGUUUGCCUUGCCGUGGCUCUCUUUGUAUAACACGUGGGCGUUAGAGUUUGCAGUCACAUCGCUAACGCUUACAAGCGACGAGACGAAUAUCAUCGUCGGUCUCGAAAAUGGAGAGAUAGUCAUCUUGGCGAACCCAAGUUUAUCGCUUAGAUUGGUGGACAACUUAUUACAAUCAGGUUGGGUUUCUGGAUUGUAA